AUGAAUUCUAAUUUAUUUGCUUUUGGAUCUAAUGGUAAUGGCCAACUAGGUAUAGGAAAUUUUCUAGAUUGCAAUGUUCCAACAACUUGUAAAUUUUCAAAAAAGAUUUUCCAAGAUAAUUAUAACAUUCCCGCACCAAAAGUAAUUUCUGGCGGUGGUAAUCAUUCUGCUUUGAUAACUUAUAAUGGUGAAUUAUGGAUGACAGGCUCAGAUAUCGAUGGUCAAUUUCUAACAGAUAAAAAAUGGAAGUUUGUUGCAUGCGGAUGGGCAUUUACUAUUUUAGUCGAAGAAAAUGGUAAUGUAUAUUCUUUCGGUAAAGGAUUAUUUGGCGAGUUAGGAUGUGGUGAAAACAAUAUUAUUAUUAACAAAUCAAAAAAAGUAGAAUCUAUUUCAUAUGUAGAAAAGGUUGUAUGUGGUUUACGACAUUGUAUUGCAUUGACAAAAGAUGGUAGUUGUUAUGGAUGGGGUAGUAAUAAGUUUGGGCAGUUAGGAUUAGGAAAUGAUUCUGAAGAAAUUUCACAACAACUAGGAAAAAAACAGCCUAAUACUUAUUAUAGCCCUAAAAACAUAAUAAUUUUCAAUGAUUGUUAUAAUUAUGAUAACAAUGGUUUGUUUAUAAUAGAUGUUGCAUGUGGACAAAACCAUACCGCUGUUUUAACAUCUAAAGGUGAGAUUUAUACAUUUGGACUUAACAAAAAUGACCAUGGACAAUUAGGAACAAUGAAUCCACCACCGUCGCCAUUAUCAUCUUCUGGAUGGUUAUAUCAGCCAAUACCAUUAUGUUACCUUCCAAAAUCAUCGCCAAUAUUACCAAAAGGUUUUAAGGUAAAAACUAUCGAGUGUGGAUCAGAACAUUCGUUGGUGUUAUCGAUUGAUGGUCAAUGUAUUUCUUGGGGAUGGAAUGAACAUGGUAAUUGUGGUGUAGGAAAUAACAAUGAUCAAUGGAGCCCGGUAAAAUUGAUUAAAUUCAACAAAGAUGAAUUUUUGGUAGAACAGAUUGGUUCAGGAUGUGGGAAUUCUUGGAUAUGGGCCAAAAAGAAAGAUACCAAAUGA